UCAUUGAAAUGUAUAUAAAUAACCUUAAAACAAAUGGACUAUGAGCUUUACUCACUCAGAAAUGUAUCGUAGUUUUUUAAUUUUGGGGAUGAUUUUUAAAUGUUCACUGUAAUUUAAAUGAAAACCCAAAUAUUCUGUCAGAGGUUGCAGUUUUGUUGUUACUGAAGUCCCAUGGCACAUACUUAACAAAAUAUUGGCAUAUACUUUGAUACAAUUACAACCAAAUUGGUGUUUGAAAAUCCGGACAAUGGAAAUGUUAAUGCAUCAAAACUGUAUUACUUUUUUGACAAUAUUUUUCCACAAUUUUUAACUGACACUGAAAAACAGGUUAUAACACAACUUCACGUGGUUAAUCGAUUCUCAAUAUUGACAUUUAAUGCUGUGAUGUGCCAUUUGAAUAUGACAUUCUUCAAAUAAUUCAAGGUUUCUUUGGUUGGAACAUUUUUCUAUAUCAGUGAUCAUUUUCACAGACGGAUUUUAAAUGAAAGAGUGUGGCGUAUGCUGAACAUGCCAGACAAUGUUGGAAAUGAUUGGUUAUUAUACUGGUGAAACAAACAAUUCAUGUAGGUUCUUCCAGUAUUUUAAUUCACAUUCAUAUAGACAUUAUGUAUAUCAACAUUAAAAUCAUUAUCUGUGCCUCUUAAAACUAUAACAUACUUUCAUCCAACAACAUUGUAAAAAAUGCCUGAUUAUUAUUAUGCUGAUGAACUUGAAAUUUUGCCCGAUCAUAUUACAACAUCGGUUUUAGCUGCAGACAAACCCAUUACAAAUGGACUCUUGCUGGAUCUUUGGAAAAUGAAACAGGAAACUCCCAAUAUAUCCACAGGACAUAUCUGUAAAUUCUUGAAUGUAAACACCAGUUAUCAAGACAUACUGGUAACAAGAAUAAGUCAGUUAAAGGCUAAGUGUAAAAACAGACGGGGAAAAUAUCUGAAACAUUUUCUUUAUAUGCCAUUUGAACUACCUCUUCCUUGGACAUCAAAACAGGCCGCCACCAUCAUUAACAAGUUACACAAUCAAUUGGUCACUGAGACUGAAAAACAGAAAGAAUGGAAAAAAGAAAAAUUUUACCUAAAAAGGAAAUGUGAUCGCGUUCAACAUAGCAGGGAUGUGAAACAGGCUAAAAUCUCAAAAUUACAGGAAACAAUCACUGGACAACAAAAAGAAACCAAGAAACUUGCUUCACACAUUAAGAAAUCAACAGUUUUGCAUGACAAAGUUGACAGUACUUUACAUUUCAGCAAGUCAAUGCUUGAAAAUGAAGUAAAACGGCUUAAUGAUAAAAUCUUUUCAUUGGAGGUGACAAAUAAUAAUUUAAUAUUGACUAACAAAUCCAUUUUGGACAAAAAUUGUGAGCUUAAAAUGAAAUUAGACAAUGCUUCUUCCUCUAUUACAGACCUGAAUAACAGUAUUCAAUAUUUGGAAAGCACCAUCAAUGACUUAAAAGAGUAAUUAUCUGCAAUUGUAUGAUACAGAACAACGAAUGUUUACAACUGACACUGAACUUGCCGUCAUGAAAUUACUUGACUGUAAAGUUGCAUUUGACAAUGUUGGUAAUGUUAUUGCAGCUGUAUCUACCUUGUGUGGCAAAACUCAGAUUGAUAGACUCCCAAUUGAAGCAACGGUUCGUAAGUGGAAUAGCAGGAGAUUAGGAUUAUCACAAAUGCAAGUAGCCGAAACAGUCACCACUGGAAGCACAUUAACCCUUUAUACAGAUGAAACCUCAAAACGCGGGGAAAAGUAUGGUGGAUAUCAUGGUAGCGACGAGGAAGGCAAUUUGUGGGUACUGGGUUUACGGAAUAUGGCAAACAAAUCGAGUCAGACGACCCUUGAUACCUUUAAAAUGGUACUAUUAGACCUAGACAAAAGCGUGAAUCAUGCCAGUACAAGUUCCAGCUAUUCAAAGGGAAAUGUGGGAGACCAUAUAAUUAGUAAAAUCUGGUGUACAAUGUCAGACCAGGCAGCGACUGAAAAACAUUUCAGUGAUUUACUGACAGAGUACUGAAAAGACGUUUUGCCAUCAGUGACCGAAAACUGUCAUUUGCUGGAUGAUAAUCAGAGAAGUGCAAGUUCCCAAAUGUACAACUUUUUCUGUGGUUUACAUUUACUUGUCAACCUUGCUGAGGUCAGCAACAUUAGCUUGGCCAAGUUUGAAAAUAGUUUGGAACGGCAAGAUAAAGGUGCUGCUACUCUUUCAGCAACUGCUUCUUUUACUAAGAAAUCAGAGUUGGGUGUUGUCCGUUUCGUCCGUACCGCUUGUAAGGUUUUCACAAAAGGAGGUGACGAAAAGAAUGGUGCAUACAGAGCCUUUUCAGAUUACAUCGUACAACACAAAGAUGAGAUUAUUCGCCUGGCACCAUUUCGUGGAAACCGCUUCAACAUUUUAUUUCUGGAUGGAGGUCUGAUAUAUUAUUAUGCUCGUGAUAUAACCGAGUUUUUAAGUAAUAUUCAUGGCACAUCAAAUACUCUCCUGAAAGCAGUACUUGCUGACUCCAAAAUACCUACCUACGUGGCAGCUACCAAGGCUGUGGGUCUUUUAGAAAAGCAAGUUACCUCACAUCUGUGGAAGAUCAUUGAGAGGAAGGGUCACAUAUUUGACAUGAAUGGACAUUAUUUGACUCUGUUGAUGUUUCUAAAAGAAGCCUCCGUUGACAGUUCACGAUUUCUUUGUGGAAUGCAUGUUCCUUUUCCAGAAGAAAUAAAGAAGGAUAAAGUUUUAGAGCAUCUUCUUCAAGAAAGCGACAACGACAUUAUCUGUCAACGGAUGCUUCAGUUCCUACUUACAGCGUGGGUAGCUUACAUGGAGAAAGCUGUAAAAGACCAUUUACCUGGAGGUAAAUAUGCAGCAGUUACUGAGGAAAUGAAAGAAUACACAAAAUCGAGUUUGAGGCAUAAUAACUUCCCGGAAAGCAUUUUUGGCUUGUUGGACCACUUAAUUACUGUUCGACCAAAUGCAACUACAACUACGUUAUGUAAUGAAGCAUACAUAAUGUUUUUAAAGAACAAGAAGUAUGACUGGCUGGCAGCAAAACCUGAAGAAGAAAGAAAACAGUUGUUGAAAACAUGCCAUACCCUGACAUGGAAAACCUUACAAGAAUUUAAGUAUCGCUGCAAUCUUAUAUCAGAAACCCGAAAACAACAAGAAGAACAAAAAAAGGCCAAGCUCCUUAAAGAAAGAGAAAGAUUGUUUAAACAAAAGGAACACAUGACUAAAGAUGUUGUUUAUUAUGGGUUGUGGCAGUCAGAAGAAGACAUUAACAGGAAUGUUAAAGAAUUAUUAAAAGAAAGCAAAGAAGAAUGCAGAAAGGCACUUUGUUGUCAGCUGGUAUUUUGGAAAAAUGUGCUGAAUCAAUACUAUGCGGACAGAAGCAUCUUCAACACAACACAGCGCAACAAGGUAUCUUUAACAAUUGACGACUUGGUGAGAAACCUUUCACAAUUUGUUCAGGAUUCUUUGUCAUCAUGUGAUAAUGACGAAGCAUGUGUAUCUGGCCAACCGUUGCUGGUAGGAAAGACAAUCCUUCAUCAUUUCAAAGACAGUGAUAAUACUGAUAGUUGCACUGACUACACAAGCUACGUCAUAAACACUGUUCCUGGUUAUCCCAGCUGGUACAACGUGACGUACAGAGGUGAUGCUGCAGUGUACACCUAUCAGCUACAAGAAUGUUAUGCAGAUGGUUCUUUGAAGAUUGUUGAUGAUAACUUUACGAGCAUCUGAGGUCGGGUAUUUCAGUAGUUGGGGUGCAAAUGUCAAAUCAGCCAUCAUGAUUGGGAUGAUUGGGACGGUGCGGUUGCAAACAAACUUCAUUCUGUCACGCCAGUCCUGAGAAUCUGACCUACUUCCUGUGGGGAGGGUCGCUUCUCUGCGCUUACAGACACCAUGGCUUUAUUCCUUGGGAUGAUGACUUUGAUAUCGUCAUGAACGGAUCGGACUAGAGGAAAAUUUGUAGUGUAUUGUCCCACAUCGAGGGAUACGGUCUACAAGCUCCCGGCGACAAUCACUGGAAGUUUUACAAGGAGGAUCUAUUACCAGUUCCAGAGCAAUUGUUUACCUGGCCAUUUCUUGAUAUCCUCUUCUACCGAGAUGACUUAACGUACAUGUGGGCUUUGUCUACAUCAAUCAAGUUCGAACUGGUCAAUCCCAUCGAGGACAUCUUCCCACUUCAGUUAUGCGCUUUUGAACAUCUCUUUGUUGCCGUGCCCUGCAAGAUGGAGGAAAUUGUCCUUCUGUAUGGAGUAAAUGACUGUUACUCGCCCAGCUGCACUCACAAGAAUGGCAACCCGAUCAAUUCUGUGUACAUGCCAUGCCAACAGUUACACAGCAUUUUUCCUUUCGUUUUCCGGCAAAAAGAUAGCAAUUCAGGAACUGUUCUUGAAACGCUGAAACAAGGGAAUAGAAUAUUCAGAAAUGUUUCAGUCCCCCAACAGCAAUGUGCAAGGAGAAGAUGAUGCGUGGUGAACACAAUGUAUUUCAGACAGCAGUUAAGACAUUCCCAACGUCCACACAUUUGAUUCCACAUGAAAUACACUUGGAGCUGUUAUAAGCAUAAGGAUGACAAACACAUGUUGUAUUUGCCACAGUUUAAUGUGUUAUGUACAAGUUUAAAAAAAUACCCUGAACUAUUCCAUAAUGCUCCAAAAGUAGGAUGCGUAUAUAUAUAUGUUUUGUUUGUUUACUAUUUGUUUUAUUCGAUUUAGAACAGUCCUAGAACAAAUGUUCCAAUGUUUCCAGCUGUGUAUGAAAAAUCUCAGAGAUAAAUGAUUCUAUAUAUUCUAUUUUAAAAA